ACUUACAAUUGACUUAUGGUUAACAAGACCUUGAUGGCGGACCACAAUGUUGCACUUCCUGUUGAUUCUGAAGAGAUACUUGCAGCAGCGGAAGGAAUGGCUCAAACUGGAAUUAUAGUGUCUAUAAAUAGGGAAGUAGUUGGGGUUUUAGCAGUAUCUGAUCCAUUGAAACCAGCUGCACAAGAAGUCAUUUCCAUUCUCAAGUCUAUGAAAAUUAGGAGCAUCAUGGUGACUGGGGACAACUGGGGUACUGCCAAUUCUAUAGCAAGGGAAGUUGGAAUUGAAACUGUUAUUGCUGAGGCCAAACCAGAGCAGAAGGCAGAGCAAGUGAAGGAUUUGCAGGCUUCUGGGUACAGGGGCAUGGUGGGGGAUGGUAUCAAUGAUUCACCAGCACUUGUGGCAGCAGAUGUAGGAAUGGCAAUUGGUGCUGGUACAGACAUUGCUAUUGAGGCUGCCGAUAUUGUCCUGAUGAAGAGCAACUUGGAGGAUGUCAUAACUGCCAUUGAUCUUUCCAGAAAAACGUUUUCCCGUAUCCGUCUCAACUACGUAUGGGCUUUGGGCUACAAUCUACUUGGCAUUCCAAUUGCUGCUGGAGCUCUUUUUCCUUCUACACGAUUUCAGUUGCCCCCAUGGAUUGCUGGGGCUGCCAUGGCUGCAUCUUCUGUCAGUGUUGUGUGCUGCUCACUACUGUUGAAAUAUUAUAGGAGACCCAAGAAGCUGGACAACCUUGAGAUCCGGGGCAUAAGCAUUGAGUGAUGUGAAAUAUGGUGCAGAAGAAUUAAGGGUGGGGCUUGUGUUUGCUAUUGUGUUUAGUGUUACUAGUAGGUGGUGACUUGUUCAGUUGUCUGUUACUACUUAUAUAUAUCAAUAACUUGGACAGUUGUCACUUGUCAGAUGACCAUCAAGUUGUCAAUAAUGGUUGCAUGAUGAUGUUUUUGCAUGUAAAAAAUUGUCUCUGAUGUUGGAAUAAUGUACAAAAUGGAAAUCCUUCAAGUCGUAUGACUUACCUUCAAGUAAUGAUAUCUGCACCCGCAAAAUU